UCAAACCAAUACGACGCAGUACUGCAUGCUUUGGACGUGAAAAGCAGUAUCUACUGUCAUGUCCUGGUUGAGCAAGAGCUUGCGCUCCUAAGGCAAGCCUUGAUGAACUGGGAUCCGCCAGUAUUCACCAAUGAAAGUGUUAAGACGGAUUUUAUGAUCGAUUACUUGAAUGCCAAUGGUUGGGCAGCGCCUGGCCUGGCAUUCAUAUCUGUGCGGUCUCACAGGCUACGAGUCACAGUCCACAACGCCGAUCCCCCACUUGUUCUGACGUGUGCGUCCGACAUUGGCCUUGUGCCACUUCACCUGCAGCGCAUCUCUGAGCCUGAGUUAGUGGCGACUGCCCUGAUUGAGGUUAAGCUCAACAUGUGAAGACUGGGCUCGAAGGGGAUUGACGGAGGUACGUUGGAAGCUGAGACGUCAGCACGAGGUACGAGGCAGAGCUGGUCGAGUCUACUUCGGAGACACUAGACAACAAGACUG